AGUGGAACCGUAUUGGCUUAAGACUUGGCUCUUCUCUCUCUAUCUCUCUCUCUCUCUCUCUCUAUAAAGAUAUAUAUAUAUACAACUUUGUUUUGUUUGUGGGGAGGUGGGUUGUGGGUGAGAGAGAAGAUGGGGCUGUGUAACUUUCCUAGCCCAGCUGAAGGGUUGGUUCAUUUGCUAGUGAUGAACGCAGUUUUGUCAGUGGCUCUUUUGAAGAACAUGGUGAGAUCAGUGCUUCAAGUUGUGGGUGUCAAUGGGUCUCCUCCAAAUUCAGAGACAAACCAAUCGAAUCAAGAAGAAUUCCCACCAAUAUCUGACAACAAUGGAAGAGCAAGAAGAGUUUCUACAACAAGGUUCAAAUACUUAUGUAACAAAAGGUCUUGUGGUGGUGACAAUGACAAUGGCAAUGUUAGUGGUUGUGGCAUUUAUGGGAACAUGUGGUGUGCAAUGGAGUGUUGUGUGUGUUUGUGUGGGUUUCAAAGUGAUGAGGAGGUGAGUGAGUUGUCUAAUUGCAAGCAUUUCUUCCACAAGGGUUGUCUUGGCAAGUGGUUUGAUAACCACCACACUGUUACUUGUCCUCUUUGUCGUUCAAUCGUUUGAGCAGCAGUGCUAAGAACACAGAUAAAAUUUACAAAAUGAGUCACAAAUGUGAGAUUCAUCUGUACGCUUAGACUUAUUCUCCUUUUUGAGCGCUUUAAUUUUAGUUUUAGUUUUUGGGAAAAAAAAAAAAUUCCCAUUUUCUUUUCCUUCCCCUUUUUAUACCUUCAAUGUUUUUCAGCAAAAUUGGCUAAGGUAGUAUAUCAGCGUCUUGCUUUGCUUAAUGUGAGGGUUGUGAGUUCACAAGUUGCAAAAGUUUAAUGCAUAAUAAAGAAUCGAAGAUUUGA